AUGGAUAUCACGGGCUCCCUUGUCUCUGAGCGCGAACGGGCCUUGCUGGGAGGAGACUACAAUGCUUACCAUGCUCAAGCCACUCGCAAAAUUCACAACCUCCGCAAGCGACUUGGUGCCGCAACUCGUGGGAGAAAAUACACUCCGAAGGCCCCCGUCACGGCAGAGAACGUUGCCAAAAACGCAGAAUGGGUGCAACUGCUUCUCGCCAGCUCCGAGCGGGCAUGGGCAUCUUCAAUGGCCAUGAAGUCGGCCCAGUCGGCCGAAAACUCCCAGAAGCCCAUGCCUGGCUCGACGAAACGACAAAUCGCCUCCAGGCUUCGCCGAGCCAUCACCUACGCUGAGAACCUUGUGACUAUUCUGCAAGAUCGCAGCACAACCGGCGCGAAAGCGGUGGAUGAACUCGAGGCACGUGCUUAUCUCUGCAUGUUAAGAGGAAGUUUGGAUUUUGAGAAGGGAAGAUGGCCGGGAUGUGUGCAGAAUUACUCGGUUGCUCAAGUUGUAUACACAACCCUGGCACGCUCGUCGAAGACGGAUACGUACAAGGAACUGUUAUCGGGCAUCGUCGACCCCAGCAUUCGAUAUGCCGCAUAUCAACUAAAGAUGCCCCGCACAAAGGCCAUCAAUGAUAUCGCCAUUGAGAAUUUUCCAAAAAGCGAAACCACUGUCCGAAAUGAGAUUGAGGAAAUUAACGCACAGGCCUUUUCGACUGGAGCCGAGGCGGCUCCCACAAAAGGAGGUCCCAAGGAAAUCCCCUCAACAAUCUCCUGGAGGAGUAGGAAGGUGAAUCUAGAAGACGCCAACAUCUCUCAAGCUCUCGGUUUUUCCCAGGAGCGGGAAGACGACCUAAAGACAGCCUACCAAUCCUUUCAAAACGGAUCUUUAAGUGCGAAAGACCUGGCAACCGCAUACGAAGAAGUCAUCACCGUCCGCCAGGACGCCGCAGAUGCCACAAAGACCGCUAUCGACGAGCUGAUCGCCGAGGGUGUCGACACAGGCGAUCCUCGCAUGCAGUCACUGCAAAUCACUCGGACGGCUGUUAAUUACGCCGUGAUUGAAUGGCGGAUUGGGCGCAACAGAGUCCUCUGCGGUGCUGCAGACGAUGGUCUAGCUUUUGAGUCUGAGAAGCCUACGAAGCCUGUGAGACCUCGCGGGGAGGGCAAAUCUCGCACCCCCAAGGAAGAAAGUUCAGGGCGCAAGUUAUCAAGACUGCGGGAGAGGGUUGCGCUCUACGACUCGAUUCUGCAAAGUCUGGAUGCUGUGAAAGAUUUACCCGGUGUCAUUGCGGACAGUGCUUUUGUGGACGAGCUCGAUGCGAAACGAGCAUACUUCCGUGCUUUAAAGUGUUUGGCUGUUGGCCGCUCACACGCCAUCAGUGAUCACAUACCCAAUGCAUUGGCGCUGUAUGCUCGGGCUCUUGAGUUGGCAGAAAAGGCCUCGGCUACAUUGAAAACAGCGGCCACUGACCACGACUCAGCGCCACCAAAACUCGAUCUACCUUGCGAGCGCCUCACGCAGACAAUCGCGGCCCUCAGCAAACUAGUAACGCAGUUCCGAGCACUGGCCGAUCUGGAAGCACUUACCAGCAAGGCUCAGCCGGUCCUCGGGAAUGCUCCUCAAGCGACAGUCGUAAAACCCGCUCCUCUCAUCGAACGUCUCUCCCACAAUGAAUACAUUCCGAACUUGGACCUAACGAACCUCGUGAACUACCCACCCAAACUCCGCCCAGUCCCGGUGAAGCCACUAUUUUUUGACCUGGCAUGGAAUUACAUCAAGUACCCGGGACAGACGGGGCCUGAAGACGAUGUGCGAGCGGAAGACGUGCAAAUGGGAGGGGUCGCAGAGGAGGUGAAUGGAAAGGUGGAGCAAAACGAGGAACAGAAGCCAGCGAGGAAGCGAUGGUUUGGCUUUGGCCGCUAG